UCCGGGAAGGUCUGAGCGGCUCGCGGCUGCUGCCUUCAGACCAGCUAACGGACGAAAACAAACGGCAGUGCUUUAGCUUGCUUUAGCUAGCCGGUCACUGAAGAAACGGGGUACCAGGCGACGCGGGUCAGUUGUACUAUCGCACGUCUGAAUGUGUGCAGAUAAGUUGGUGCGCGUUUUGCACUGACUUGAGCCUUUUAUGCAACCCGCCCUGCUCACCAGGCACGAAGAUGUCCAACGCUGCUAACAGUACUUCUACAGACAACAACGGAGACUCUGGGCUAAAUGGGUCCUGGGUGGAGUUGGAGAUGAACAGAGGUGCAGCUGGCUCGGCCCAGUCACCCUCCACAGGCGGCCCGGCCCCGGGCCUGCUGCCCCUCCCUCAGGUGGAGGAAGAGGAGGCCAUGGUAGGGGGGCUGGAGCACGUCCCGUCCUCAUCCUCAAUCCACAACGGAGACAUGGAGAAGAUCCUGUUGGAUGCCCAGCACGAGUCGAGCCGCAGCAACUCCUCCUGCGACAGCCCUCCACGGCCCCACAGUCCCCAGGAUGAUGGACAGAUCAUCUUCGACGUGGAUGUGACCGGCAGAAGAGACAGCCAAUCAGAAGAGGAUGUCUUGGACAAGGAGAGGGACAUGGACAUCCUAAUGAAGGACGCAGACUGGGUUGCUGACUGGUCUAGUCGACCAGAAAACAUUCCCCCCAAGGAGUUUCAUUUCCGCCACCCUCGACGCUCAGUAACACUCAGCAUGAGGAAGACUGGGGCCAUGAAGAAAGGAGGCAUCUUCUCCGCCGAGUUCCUCAAAGUCUUCAUCCCCUCGCUGCUACUAUCACACAUCCUCGCUCUGGGGCUGGGAGUCUAUAUCGGAAAGAGGUUGACCACGCCACCCGCCAGCUCUUUCUGAAGCUGAAACGGAAGAAAAGUGCCUGAGAAGUGGCCAUGAGUUGUUGGAGAAAGCUUUGCUGACGUGAGAAGAACGAACGCCCGUCUCUCCUCCCUCUGUCCCCGCCUGCCCCUGCUUCCCCUCCUCGUCCCUGAGAUAUGACAUGUUCUCAGGAGAAAUGCAUCUGCCCCCCCCCUCCUCCC